AGUAAAGUGAGCUGUAUAAUGACUCUCGAGCUCGAUGAGAGACGUUUUGGCUUACUUCCCGUUUUAGUGGCAAGUAAAGUAAACAGUUGCUCGGCAAAUUUCCUUGCUCUCUCCAAGGAUAAGGCUGAGCUUUCUUUCAAAGAAUAUUAAAGAACCCAGUACAGCCUGCUUGUCGAUAUGGAGAAACGAGUUUUCUUGGCCUGGACCCUCAUAGUUCUCCUCUCGUUGUUGGAUGCAGAACAAUCCUCCGGGAGCUUUUUUUCCUCGCUGCAAUUCACGCGUGAUGCACUGAUGGAUUUUUCGCGUGGUUCCCAACGAACUGUGGAGAUCAAGCUAGAACCAAAGAAAACGAAGAAAAUGGUCAAUAAAACGUACGAGCUGAUAGCUGGUCAAGCAAAUGACCUGCCAACACUUGUGGAAGUGAAAGAGAAUAAAAUCAAGACAGGUUUCCUUGACCGGGUCCCAUCGGAAGAUUACAAAGAUUUGUUUGAUCCUUCAAUGAGGAAGCACUUGCCAAAGCAAAUUCUAAUGGCAACGCAGGUCAACACCAACGGCGAUGUCGAAACCCUACUACGGGUCCCAUUCAAUAAAACAGUGGUUAAAAACCAGACAAAACACGAAGUGUACAGAAUACGUGCUUCCCCGUCUAACAAAUUUAUGAAAGCAAUUAAUGACAUUGAAUUAGCUCAGACAAACGCCAACGCCUCAGAUGUGAAGUACAGCAGUGCUGCCUUAGCUAAACUGAAAGUGCUUGUCGAGAGAGCCAUACGGAGUAAGAGCUAUAAAUACGCGAGACAGGUAAUAACAUAACACCAUUAUUCUUUCGGAGUUAAGAAAAUCGACCUAAGAGUCACUGAAGAGUAUGGGGAGCACUGCAGAAUUAAAGACUUUCCUGGUUUAGUGCAGCAACAAAUGACGUAUCGUGGGCUUCAUAAAGUUCCAUCCAAUUUUAAGUAAAAAUAGCGUUUUGGCAUAGGUCUUUACUGUGUAGAAAUUUUUAUCCAAAAUGAUUACACUGCUCAAACCUCCUAUGGUAUUCGAAGAUGCGACCAUCCCAUCGUUGGAUUUCACAGUAAACUCCAAUUUACAACUUCAAUCGUCCUUUUAUAAGAACCUUGGGGGAUGCUGCCCUUCAAACACCCACCGCGCGUAAAUUUUUCUCGGUUUUUUGAAAACGAUUUUUACCUAUUAGUCUCUUCAGUGUCUCCAUCUAGGCUUUGACAGACUCUUAUUAAAGUGGACAAGAAUUCGUUGAUACACGUCUGACACAGCUUGAGUUUUUUUUCGGUUACUGACUGCGGCUCGAGCGCGUACAUUCGUUUCGUGGGUUACUAUUUUAUGCCUAUCGGGUCACAUAACAUAAGCACAAAAAGUUUUGGGCGAAAAAUUGCAAAUCCUCUGAAAUUUAUAGAUGUCAACAUAACAGUUCAAUGGUUAAAUGCAACUGAAAUGUAUCCUCAAGUUUCAAGAGAAUUUUUUUAAACACGUGAGCAGGGCAUGCCACCAUGGUGGCGUGAAGUUUGUCUUUGAAGUUUAGGUUGUGUUAUGUGUUUCCUUGCCCUCUUAAGGCUUUCUUCUACAUUUUUUUAUCGAGCAACUCCUCGUACUGAAUAGGGCCGUUGCAACCUUGUCUAGUUAAAAUCUUUCGACGAAAAUGUAAUCAGUUCCCGACUCGUGUCAACGACCAAGCAGUGAGCCACUGGGAAAUCUUUAUAUCUCUACUUCCUUGUCAGUGAUAUGGGAAGAGAUAACAACUGUUCAUAAGCAAAAAGGGUAUCUUCAUGUUAAAUCGUUUCACUUCAAAAGUGAAUACGUAAAGGCAAUGAAAGAGCGAAUUGUCUUGCGUUGGAUCGUAACAGUUCUUCUUUCGUUGGUGUCUGCAAAACAAUCCUCUCGGAGUUUUUUUUCUUCGCGGCUAGAGUUAUUAAAACGGGGAACGGGGCAACGGGGACCGAGAACAAGCUCGUGGAAUGACGUAAUGAAAAAAUGGGGAAAAAACUUAUCUUAACCCCUAUUCCUAUCAGUAACUUUAUUGGCAAUUCUCUGUUUUGUUCCCAUUUUUUAAUUUUCCCGUUACCCGCGCUCGUUCUCCGUUCCCCGUUUCCCGUUCCUCGUUUUAGUAACAUCCCGAAAUACCCAAAGGGCACCAAAAAAUGUAUACUUUAUUACGACGGACAAAUACCGGUUUUGUCUAAAAGAGUUUCUUUGGUAAUGUAUGGUAAGUGUUGGUCUCUUGUUCCCAAAGUAAGGAAACGUUGCACUGUUUCUCUCAGUGUUAGUAGUUUCCUUGACUCACGGUUUUGCAAAGUCAGUGGCACUGUGGAAUCCGGGGAAUUUUUGCUUUUGAAAUCCAAAAUCCUGCGCUUUGAAGUCCGGAAUACAGCUCAAGGAAUCCGGAAUCCCAUUAGAGAUCGGAAUCCGGAAUCCACGUUCCACUGACAAAGUACCUGGAAUCGGAAAUCCAUGGCGUGGAAUCCAGAAUCCAAGAAUCCGGCCCUUACAGACCCUUACAUGGGGUGGUCUUUUACUAAUGAACUUCAAACACAUUUCAGAUCGUUGGACAGAUCAUGUAUUUACUGAGCGCCAAGGCGGCACCAUCUGAUCGGACAAAGCGAAGCUCGAAAGGCGAGGGAAGAAAAUUUCUUCAGGAUCUCCGUCAAAAAGUCGGUGCUGCUACGUUCGAUAGCUUCUUGGCUGUGCAAGGAGAUGUGGCUCUGAUGUUUGCUAUAGAUGAUACCGGCAGCAUGGGCGAUGAAAUCCUGGCCGCAAAGAACAUUGCUGCUGAUAUUAUCAAUUAUAAGCGGAAGGUUCCUAUCAAGGAGUAUAUUUUGUCAGCAUUUAAUGACCCAUAUCCAGGUUAGUAAAUUUUUGUCUAUUUUGUGGAUUUUCUUCGUAUUUUGGAAAUUACUGUUGCUUCGUUGUUGUCGGAUCAUGUAUCAAACUCAACCUACUUUUGAAAUGACUUCUGGGUUCAAACCUUUCACUAUAUCAAUACUGUUCAGCAGUAUGCCAUGUAGAUUGUUAAGAUCCAUAGCCUGAGAAAAGGUUAAACAGCUGACAUUUGGCGACGCUACCACUGGUUUUCCCGCCAAAUGACGUGCGAGAAACGAGUGCAGAAAUUCCAUACUGAUGACGCUUCACUACCCAGAUCUGGGUAUUGCUUCUGAUUGGUCGUGCCGCGUGGGAAAUUUGAUUCAACCAAUCAGAAGCACUACCCAGAUCUGGGUAGUGAUGCGUCAUCAGAAUGGAAUUUCUGCGCUCGUUUCUCAGACGUCAUUUGGCGGGGAAACCAGUAGUAGCGUCGCCAAAUGUCGGCUGUUUUCUCAGGCUAAAAGAUCCAUUAAAACUUUUACUGGAUCUAAUGUUAAACAAACGAUACGCCAUUUGAAUUAUGAACUUGAAUACAGUUCCUUAUUUUAUAAACUUUUACUUUCUGGUAGAUCCAUUUAAUGUAAAUCCAGUGACUGUCAAACUUGAAAAAGAAGCUGGCGAGUUUGAACAAGAAAUUAGGGAACUGAGGCCCCAUGGUGGAGGUGACUGUCCAGAGUAUACAUUCCACGGUAUCCGAGAAGCACUUUUCAGACUAAUUAUCCCUCGUUCUCCUAUGUACGUGUUCACUGACGCAGGACCUAAAGAUGCAACUGCUCUGGACGUUGAGGAGGUGAAAUUGAUGGUCCAGGAUUAUAACGUUGUUGUCAAUUUCUUGACAACAGGUAUAGAGAAAGUGUAAAGUUUAGUUUUUGACAAUGAUUUUUAUACGUUUAACCUGGCGCGGAUUCCCUCUCUGGGUCUCUUCGAUAUAAGAUUGUUCACACUCUCCUAUUUUAUCGUAAGAUCGUUAAGAUCGAACAGAGAGCUUACCCGAACGCGCCGGUAGGGGCGGCCAUCCUAGUUUCAUGUACCGAAGGUGCGGGGAUCGGGAUUUAUAGCAAACCGUCCCUCGCCCCCUAAGCAGAUUUUACACUCAUCCAAGAUGGCCGCCCGUAACCCAAAGUUUUAGAUCUCAACGAACUUACGCCUAGGGUCUGUGAACAGUCUACCUCGUUACCGUAGUGAGAAAAAUUAAUCAAUCCAGACCAUCCGUGGCUAGGCAAGCACACUUAUUCAAUACAGAUCGUUUGCACAUGACAUCAUGGCGCCCGUAUUGGUGUGCAAAACAAUGAAAAGGCGGCCAUGAAGGUGUACAGAAACAAACCCUGUGCGGGAUUGAACUCUUUGCUCAUGUAAAAGCUGUCGUUGGUUCUAACAAAUUUGCAUUGCUGCUGCCGCGUGAGUGAAAACGAUCUAUAAGACAAAUAAGCUUCCAGUGUACUAGAGGAGCAAUUUCAACAAAAGUAAGACCAUUAAUUUUGGCGUUUCCACAAUCCUGACGUAAUCGAUGGAAGCGCUGACUUCACUCUGGGCGCGAUGAUGUAGUGGUACCCCUCCGGGGGGUGGGGGGCACUCAAGGGACGUUUAUAACAUGUACAGGGUCUCGGUACACAAGGUAGGAGCAAAGAAAUGGCUCUGCGUAGCCUGCGUAGCCUGCGUAACAGGCACUUGGAAGUAGUGGAGGCAAGAAAAAACGGGCGCGCGAGAGGGAGACCGCGCGCCCGUUCUUUCUUGGGCCCACUAUUUCCAAGCGCCUGCUACGCAGGCUAGGCUCAGCAAUGCCGACAGGGUGAGAGGACUCAAGCUCCACCCUUGAAAUAAUCUUGUCUACGUUUGCCGCUUUACCAUACCAUUUAGUCGAAUUUAGUCUGAAUUUAAAGUUGUUACUAAAUCGUUUUCAAGGUUAUUGUAAUGCCACACUAAAGUACAGCGUGCCGGGUAAUCCAAAAAAUCUUCACCAAGCCUUCAAAGAUCUGGCAAAGAGCACUUCUGGUCUAGCCAUUAUGUUUAACAACAAGGGGGAACUGGAGCAAGUGACCAAUUUGACAAUCGGGACACUUGAGGGUGAUAGUAUCGUGGGCGAUGGAUCAACCACGAGACGAAGAACAAAAAGGAGCGCUGAUGGAUCCUCUGUCAGUCGAUAUAAUAUUCCCGUUGAUGACUCUAUGGAAAAAAUGUCUGUGACCAUUAAUACCGCGGCAGGAGGUACGAUAUAUAAGCUUGGUGAAUAUGAAUGUGUAGAAGAAUCAUUUACGCAAUUUCAAAGUUAGGGCGAUUGUCCAUUAGGUGCUAGGGUAGAAGUGACUGGCUUAUUCCGAAGUAAAGAUACACAGUACAGGAAGAUAUUUAUAAAGCCAAAACACUAAAACCUUCUGGAUUUUGGAGACUUUUUGGAACCCUACACUGUUAAUGACUGGGACAAGAACUGAACUUCAUUUACAUGGUGUAAGGGAAAACGAGUAGCUCACUAGAUGAAACGUGUAACUCGCGUUCAGUUCUCGUGAAUAUUUAUAUUUCUAAGUACCGUAUUUGGAAACCCUCGCUGCGGCCUCAAAAAGCCGGUUUAACAACAACUUUUGCACGUGCAUCACACUUUUUUUGUUUAUUUCUUUGCCAUCGCUGCAAGACCACGACACAAAAACACAAGACAGCGACUUUCUUUUUCUUUUCCUGAACUUUAAUACAGUCUUUAGAAAAUUUAACUGCAGAAAAAUUUGCUCGGGUACCUUUGAAAAUGAAUUUUCUCGAGUUUUGGGUGAGAGUUACACCUUUCAACGCGUUAUGAGUUUCUGAUACUGCUUAACACUAGCUUUCACUCCCAGAGUAAGAAAUGAGUCUUAUAAGAUAGCCUUAACUUGGAAAUGGAAACCCUGGAAAUGCAGCCGCCCCUCACUGAUCCUCGUCGCGAUGACGUCCCAGCGAUGUGAAGGAAUAAGAGGCGGCUGUAUUCGCAACCUAUAACUUUUGAGCCUGUGUAUGAAAUCCGAUGGUAGAACCUACCAUUCACUCCGGCAAAUGAAACGCCAUCUUUUAGUUUUAAUUAGUACUUUCACUUGCUACUAUUUAUUAGGUGUGCAGUUCUAUCAUUUGAAUUUGGACGUGCACCAUUCAAGCAAAACCUCUUCAGUAGUACUCCCGAUAACUCGAACCUUCCGGGGAAAUAGAAAAAAGUUCGAGUUAUCGGGAGUUAGAAGCAAAUAGUGACCAGAAAUAAGGAAGGUAAAGAAAUGAGUGGGAAAAGAAACGGACUUCGCCUCAAGGGCAGCAAGAGAUAAAGGGAUAAAAGGAAUACACGUUUGUUUUGAGAUAAAUUCAAUGCAUCGGACUACCUAGAUUGUUUUUCUUUACAAAAAUCAAUGAAAUAAAAGGAACCAGUGUAUAAGCUACUGUUAAAAUUCAAUUUUUGUCCCCCUUACAGCAGGUCACGAUAUUACCUUACAAGACCCGGAAAAUGUGGAAAUAACGUCAGGAAAACUUAGUCUGUCAUAUAUCACCAUCUACGAAAUCACCAAUCCAAAGAGAGGAACCUGGACCCUAACGGCUCCUGGCAAGAAUGGUGAUCAUGAGUUCUCUGUCAAGACAAGCAGCGACACUAACGUUGAUUUCGAACAUUACUUUCUAAUUGCACUGUCUUGGCGCAGGGGACACAAUGCUGACGUUCCCAUUUCAAAUCCAGUUACUGGUAAGUCAGUCACGUUUACAGUAUCCAAGAAUUAAUAUAUGGCUACGAUAGUACGCGCCCUCUAAUUGGCUGCCAAGCCAAGAUUUUCUUGUAAUGAACGGGCAUUACUAGCUAGGUGACCAAGGCAUAUACAAUCUGUGUUUUUAACGCAAAACUUGAUAGUGGACAUCCAUAUUAUGGUCAAUUGACAGAAUCGGCCUUAAUGUAUUGUCCUCGCUAUUUCGGUCAGUAAACCAGGGCCUUGGUCUGAGAUUUCCCUGUAAUGACCUUACUCUGGUUAAUAAGAAGUAUUUACAUGAUGGACUAAAAACUUGUCAGAUUCUUGCCGCUGGGGUGUGGCAUUAAAGUUUCUUUCACUGUUUUCGAAAGGUCAACUAUUCAAUCUUAAUUUUCGGUUAUCCAGUACACAAAAUGCGUUCUGAAUCACCUCAACUAUCCUUUUUACGUAUUUAUUUACGGUGUUAAGGAAUAAUGCUGAACGUUGCUUAUGGCUCAAAAAAAGGAAUUCCAAGUUCAUAACAUGCGCAGCCAACCGAUGAUCUUUCAAAUAAAAAAAUUAAUCGGUUGAAACGUUCGGACUCGUGAACUUUAAGGAAUCCUGUGGUUAGCACCGUUCGACAGUUAAGCUUAAUCUCGUACAUUCGCUUUUAUUGUAGGCAAGUUGAACAAAAUCAUAAUCACAGUGGCUGGAUCAGAAAAACUAAACAGCAGUUCGCUUCUACUCCAGCUCAUAUCCACAGAAGGAAACCUCAUCAGUGACUUCGCCCUUCAGCCACAAAGCCAAGGUCAUUUCAUUGCCAGCUUUAAUCCUCACGCACUUGUCCCGUCUUUCAAACUUAAGCUAAAAGGCGUCACACAAAAUGGUUACCAUUUUGAAAGAAUUUCCCGAAAAACGGUCAGGCCAACUACGGCUGUUUUAAGGGUCAAGUAUGCAAGCAAUCUUUACACUCUUCCUCUGGGAAGACCCACCUUCAUCCAUUUCCUGGUAUGCAACUUUGGGGCCACUGAAAUAUUUCAUAUCGAAGUCCUGAAGGACAGACUGGGCUAUAUCGUACGACGAGGUCGUCAUCGAAACCCUAAACGACGUAAAGCUGGUAAACUAGUGAUAAAAGGCCGCUGUGUAGUUUUCUCUGUUUACGCAAAGUCUACUCGUUCUGAGGAUGUGGGAAAGACAGAUCCUAUUUAUUUCAUCCUUAAGGGUCAAAAAUCAAAAGUUGUUAUCUCCCAGACCGUUCAUUUGCUUGUUGACAAUUAAAGCAUUUUCCAGUCGAAGUGUUAAAAAACCAAACGUUGUUACUCUCUAACCUAUUACAACAUAUACUUAUAUACUCAUACAGCAUGAACUAAUAAAAACUCGAACAUAGGAUGCUUAGUUUCUAACCACUAAGUGGGAACACCCUUCUGUGGUAGGAAUUUUGAUGAUUUCAGUUCACUUUUUGAUUGAUUUAGAAAGUAAGUAAACCGCGCUAAUUUAGCAUUAAACGAGAAGAAUUAGAAGUAACGUUAUUCGACGUCUUGAUGUAUCCAACAUGAUUGGGUAUCAAGAAUGAUAAAAAAAAAGCGAAGUUCGUAUUCUAUUAGUACGUUUGCAUAACAAGCAAGGACACACGAAAGGCCAUCUGAUAAAGUUGGAUACAUCGAAACAUAGCAGAAUAACGUUACUUCUCAAUUUUCUUCCACUAAUUGUUGUCGGAAAAUUAACUAUCCUGUGCGCAUGCGUACUAACGAGGCUAGAUUCCGAUACCGAGACCGAUCUGCAUCCGCCUCCCACAAGAGGGUAGGGACGCGGACGCACAAGAAGGCUAGCUGCCCUCGUAGUAGCCUUGAAGAGCAAACGGGAAUUUUUGCCUCUAACAAACCGACGUUAUUUUUUCUGAGGAAGAGAAGCGACGACCGGAAAUACGUCUGCAGUUCGCAGGCUACCUUGUAGAAGUAUAGGCGAAAACUCAUUUCUUUCUACCAAAAUCACGUCGAACACCUUAUGACAUGUCUGCUCAAAGAAAUUCUCUACAGUGGAAGGGCACCUUGACUAUGGUGAUUAGGGAUAAGCACUGACUUGACUAUGGUGAUAAGGCUUAAGGACUGACUUUGCGGCGAUUAGGGUGUUAAAGCAGUAAAAAUAGUGAUAAGAGUAAUGACUAUAUUGAUUAGAGUAAGCACUGAGAAUAGCUGUGAUUAGGGCUACGCACUCUCUCGGAACGGUGCUUUCAUUUGCUGUAAACGUUUGUCUGUAAAUCAAAACGGCCUUGGCCAGCUAAGCCACCAUGGUGUAGCAGUAUGGGCAAUGUAGCAGUAUGCCGCCCCCACCCGGGAUUGAAUCCGAUAAUGCCGACAUCAAACACUUCUUGACAUUUUUUUCUUCUGAAAAGUGAGAAGCAAAGGUCGCUUUGGAGAAUGGAAACGAGUGACAACCUGUAGUUUACGUAGCCAGGUUACAUAUUCUGCGGUUUACGUACUGCAUUGAAUUAUUUCAAUAAAGCUGCUAUAAAUCCCUAAUAUAAUGAGCAACGAAACUCGGCAAAAGAAAGUAAAAGUUCUUACAUUUUAGUUCGUUACUUUUCAUAUAUAUCAGCUACUAACAAAAAGGCAGUAUCUCCAAUUGGAAGAUAAAGUUUGUUCAGGAGUCGAUUACUGGUUUGUCCUUUUUAAAGUUUGUAAGAUUAAUUUUU